ACGACGGCCAAGAAAAUAGCUGCAGUGACUCUGAACAAGAACGAGUCGAGGUCGCCGAGCUGCUAUAGGGAGCCGAUAUGCCACUGGAGGAUCUCUUAGCGAAAUACGGAUGUGCAGGAAGAGUAGAAGAUAUGGAUAGUAAAGAUAGUGGUGAUGGUCGUUCUUCGGAGGAAGGCGAUGAUAAGGAAGAUGAGGAUGGAGACAAGGAAUCUGAUAGUUAAGACAAGAGAACCAAGCUAUUGGUCAUCUGAAAUCAAUAGCUGCAGAUGCAGUACUGAAUGUCAACAUUGAAGAACUGGAAGAUGGAGGCUCAAGUUCGGGGACACAGAGAAAGAAACGUAAACCUACAAGAGUGACACGCACAACAACAAGAACAGUACGAGCUGUAGAUGAUGUUGGUUUAGGCAAUCUUGACCAAGAAGAAGAAUCGAGUGACGAGAGUGGCAUCGAAUACGAUGAAGAGACAGUCAUUCCUGAGAAUCCUGAAGAGUCUGGCUCGUCAUGAAGCGACAAGGAAGAGGAAGACUCACAAUUAAAGACACGCAUGAAAGAGUGUGGGUUUGAAAGUGGCUCUACAGCUGUGAUAGCUUUGCUUCGAGGACGAGAGCUUUAUGUUUCGAGUGCUGGUGACUCUCGGUGUGUCAUGUGCUGUAGAGGAGAGACGGUCGCUCUGAGUGUUGAUCAUAAGCCAGAAGAUGAGAAGGAAUUGAAGAGGAUUACUGAAGUGGUUGGGAUGGUGGAUCACACAGGGAGAGUCAACAGAGGGUUGAAUUUGUCACGAGCUAUAGGUGAUCAUCUCUACAAGCAGAACAAACAAGUGAAGCUUGAAGAUCAGAUGAUCUCAGCACUACCAGACGUUUAUCACAAAACUCUUUCCAGCGACCACAGUUUUAUGAUAUUGGCAAGUGACGGCAUAUGGAACAUGAUGACUAGUGAACAAUCUGUUGAGUAUGUAAAGGAACGUUUAGUGGAAGAUUCAGAAGGAGAUUUGUCACGCAUUUGUGAGCAGAUGAUAGAUCACUGUCUCGCUCCUGACAAAACCGGCGACGGCUCUGACUGCGACAACAUGACUGUCGUCAUUGUCCAGUUUCUGCACGAAUCAACAGAAGAAAGCAAAUCAUCUUUUGUCAGUCCAACCAAAGGCAAGUCUCUCGGCAAGCGACCAACACCGAGCGGCUCCGAAAUAGACUCGAAUGAGCAAGUCAAACGAUCUCGUCUCGAAACGAAACCGUCUCAAUAGGCAAAUCAUGUGAUAUUCAAUAAAUGAGUUUUGCAACUAAAUUGUGUGUCAUUCAGAGCAAUGACACUGUAGCGUUAUUGUUGUAUAGUCUGAAGCAUUGUACGCAUGCGCAGUGUGUGUUUAGACUGCUAGGCGUGAGAAUGAGAAACCCAAUACACUAUGGUUGUACACAUAUUCCCGUAAAGAGAUAAGUUUGUU